GGCGAGCUCAUGAAAUAGGGGAAAGCGGCGAGAGGUGAUGGUUGGAUGAAUAAAGUAUUCUAAUAACCUUGCUAACUUACUGAGAAACGAUUGUCAGUUGUUUGACUUCUGUAAAGACCGAUCGACGGAGCACCUGUGAUAAUGUCUGCCCAAGCUCAAAUGAGAGCUUUGCUCGACCAGCUGAUGGGAACAGCGAGGGAUGGUGAGUUGCCGUAACAUGCUAACUGAGCUAGCUAGCUAGCCAAGAUGGAGGCUCUACUGAGGCUGGCUUGUGUUGGCGUGUGAUGGACAGACCUGCGUGAAUGGAUGUACUGCAGAGGGCUGCAUUAAAUACAGUAAUAUUAGAUUCAGGAUACGUUUUAAGGCCUGAUUAAACAGUUUAAUGUCAAUUCCUGAAUUUAAAUGUAAAUAAUCUCGUUCUAUAAUAAAGUGUGUGUGUAUACAUAUGUAUGUUUUUUUUUCUUUUUAGCAUUUAAGCUAAGUUAGCUUCUGGUCGAAUAUUGUUAAUUGCCAAGUUACGGAACUGUCAGGCGCACUGACGCCACACGCGGGACCGUAUCCAAAAUAUAUCUAAAAUGAAUCCGACAUUAACUAACGAAGUUGCAAUAAUUUUCUUAUUGCCUUUGUUAUUUACAAGUCUGUAGAUUGAACGAACGCGUGGGGUUGAAUUCGUAAUAGGCCUUUACCUGAACGGUAAUAAACAAGUUAACAUGUCCAGUAAUGCAUUUGAUCUUUAAAGUAAACAAUAUAUUCAUGUUCAAAGUUUGCAAUACUAUCUCUUUUAAAGGCACACACGUAAUCGUCUUAACUAAUUAAUAUUAAGAGUACUUGAGUAGCCCUUACCCUUAAAUUUAUUUUAGCUAUUUCAUUAGUGUUCGAGUAGCUAUAUUAUGUACUCACUGAUCAUUUAUUUCCUAACAUUUCAUCAAAGCUUAACUUCAGACGACCAUGUGUUUAUGUACAAUAUUGGCCAGCUAAAUAUUUCGCAUUUAGAAAAAGAGAGUAUAUUAGAGAGUAAAUUUGGCGACUAAUAAAUUUAAAGGUAUACACACACAACGUUUAACAAUGGUAAUAUUAGUUGUAACUUAUUUUAAAAAAUAUAAUAUUUUAUCUUUUAACUGCAUUUACUACAUCAAACCUAUUUAAUUUAUUACUUUAUGUUGCUACAGAUCAGAUUAACAAUUUUUAUUGGCUAAAAUAACUUUUUAUGUGCAUAUAGACGUGUCAUUUUCAAGCCUUGUCUGUAAAAACUAACAAAAAGCUGCCCUUCUGCUUUAUAAACAUCAGUAGUUGAAAUAAUUACAGCCCUGUGGAUCAUCUUUUAAAAGUCAGUGCAGAAAGAGUGAUUUUGUGUUGUAAGUUUGUGGGUGUAUGUGUGAUGAGAUUGAUAUCAAAUUCUUCCCAUACAUUUGUUGCAUACAAACUGAACAAUUGUGGCCCCUUUAUUUUAUUCAUUAAGGUUCAGUGUAUCAUUGCCAGCCUACAUCAAUCUGCAAAGGAGUUGCAGAAAAGCCUCAUGUUCAUCGAGCCGUGAGUCACACAUAAUUUUUAAAGCUGUUAUGAUUAAUAUCCAAACAAUUUGUUUGCCUUCCGGAAGUUAUUGUAGAUUUAUAUAUAUAUUUUUUAUUUAUUUAUUUUUUAAAUCAUACAAAUACACAAGUUGGUAAAUCCUCAGUGGCACACAAAUACUUAAGUAGGUGAUUCUUCAGUGGCACUAGAAUUACAAAUUGGAUCAGUGUUACACAGCUUGAGCUAAUACGUUUACUCGCGUUGCACCCCAACGAGCAAUUCUCAGUUUAUUACACGUAUUCCAGUCCUUUACACAUCUUUUUCUCCGAAGGCAGUCUUUUUCAGUCCACACAAAAACUUUGCAAACAUCAUUUACAAUCUGACUUUUGUAUGACUCCCAACUUCUUACUACAGGUAUGGGGAAGAAAACUGUUCCUAUUUAUACUUUUCUACAGCGGGUUUAAAAUUCUGCAGCUGAGAUCUUGAAGAUGCAGAAGGGUACAGUAUAUGGUGCAGAUCGCAGUGUGUAUAAACUAUUUUCCUUGGAUUUUUGUAUUUGUUUUUUUUUUUAAUGUCCAUUCAGUAUUUCAUAAUUAUAAAUGGUUUGGAGGAAUCAUUUGUAUGAAACUUUAACAUUCUGUCAAUUGUCUUAACAGUAUUUCCUGCAUAGUCAAUUUUAAUGCAGCGAAAAUUCAGCAGAAUUAAAGUGGCUCUUCUGACUCUAGUUAAUUGUAAGUCCAGUCUUGUCAUUUUAACAGUGUGCCAGUGUACUAGCACAAUCCUUUGAUGAUCCACAUUAAAGAGUAGAGAUUGAGCCUUAUAACAAGUUAAAUUGUGUUAAGGCUUUUUUUUUUUCUUCUUCUAAUUUAUUUUUGUAAUGAGGCUUGGGUAAGGUAAGCACAAAAACACAGAAAGAACCAUAUACAUUUAAAACUACAUUAAUUUUAUUGACACAGAAGUGAACAAAGAGAAAGUCCAGUAGAGGCACAGUUUUUCAUUUUAGUUAACACACACCCACAAAGGAUUUUAAGACUAAUGAAAACUUUGUAAUGUCAGCAUUGGUUUUCAUUGUUUUUGAUGGCCAUAAAUCAUUUAAUCCAAUAAUGGUGGCACAUUUUGCCAAAUAGAUGCAUUACAAUUACAGUAAUGUUUAUGAAACCACUGGAUACUUCGCUCUGCUAUCAAGUAUGUGAGGUCUUUCUCACUGAUGCUUUCUGGACUGUUUCAGGAGAUGAGACGCGGCAGAGGGUCAAGUUCACUGACGAGCGAGUCUGCAAAAGUCAUCUUCUCAACUGUUGUCCACAUGAUAUCCUGUCUGGAACUCGUAUGGACCUGGGCGAGUGCACAAAAAUCCAUGACCUGGCACUUCGGGCAGACUAUGAAAUUGCUUCCAAGGAGAGAGAUCUUUUCUUUGAGCUUGAUGCGGUGGAUCACCUGGAGUCAUUCAUUGCUGACUGUGACCGAAGGACAGAGCUAGCCAAGAAGCGCCUGGCUGAGACCCAAGAAGAGAUCAGUGCUGAGGUUGCAGCAAAGGCAGAGAAGGUGCAUGAGCUAAAUGAGGAAAUUGGAAAGCUCCUGGCAAAGGCUGAACAACUCGGAGCUGAAGGCAACGUGGACGAGGCUCAGAAGGUCCUACAGGAAGUGGAGAAAGUCCGCACCAGAAAGAAGGAUGCAGAGGAAGAAUACAGAAACUCCAUGCCAGCCUCCAGCUUUCAGCAACAGAAGCUCCGGGUGUGUGAGGUGUGCUCUGCUUAUCUAGGCCUCCAUGACAACGACCGUCGUUUGGCUGACCAUUUUGGUGGGAAGCUUCAUCUUGGAUUCAUCCAGAUCAGAGAGAAGCUGGACCAACUAAAGAAAACUGUGGUUGACAAGCAAGAGAAGAGGAACCAGGAGCGCUUAAAGAGGCGAGAAGAGAGGGAGAAAGAGGAAAGGAUGAAGAAAAGAACCAGAUCACGGAGCAGAGAGCAUAGAAGGUCCCGUUCACGUGACCGUAGAAGGAGGCGCUCUCGCUCCUCAUCACGAGACAGGCGCCGCUCUCAUUCGCGUUCCAGGGAGAGAAGGAGGCGACAUCGCAGCCGAUCUCGCUCACGCAGCAGAGGACACCGUCACAGCCAUAGCCACGAGCAGAGCUCAAGACACAAGUCGUCCAGGGACCGAGAGCGUUCAUCAAGAGACCGGUCACGGGAGCGAGACAGGAGAGAUGGUAUGAAUGGCAGGUCCGACUCCCGCCGAGCAGACGACAGGGACGUGGGUGACUUCUAAAGACCAAACACCAUCCACUAUGACACCCCACCUCCUCUUGUCUCUGUUUGUCCACUUAUAACUUAAUGUUAUAUGCAGUCCUUGCCUUGACUCUUCUGUUAUCCCACCUUCCUCCUUAUUUUUUGCUUUGUUUGUUAAUGUAGCCAACCCACAUUAAAGAACUAUUAUAUGGAGUCAUUUUUCUAGCAUCCACGUACGAGAUUGCUUCUGGAUUCAAGAGCCUGUUAAGAGGUGGAGAGUUACUGUAAUUUGGUGGCUGUCUUUAUGCAAUCCACCCCCUUUGUCUUGCUUUAAACUUAAAUAGAGAAAAGCAGACACAAAUGGUGCUUUUCUAUUACAUGACAUUACAUAGUAUGGUACUGCUCAGCACACUUGUUUUGGUUUUCUAUUGCAGGUGGUACCAGGUAACUGAUAGUAUCCAAAUGUUUUUUUUAUUCCAUUUUAUUGUUUUGAGCCAAGGUUCCAAGCAAGCCAAGCCGAUACCACAUGAUUACACAGAAACACAGCUUAGUGCUGAUUGGUCAGUGAAAAUCAUUAAAGGUCAGGUAGACACAUAUAACAACACACAGGUCGUAUUGUGUUUAUUACUAGUGAAUACAUGAAUAUGUUAAUUAUGAGGAGAUACAUACUUUAAAAGCCUGUUAAGUGCAGCAAUACUCUGUACUCAGUUGUAAGUUGCUGUAGAUGAAAUAACUGCUUAAUCAUUGUAAUAAGACACACAGGCAGAGCAAAGUUAGGUCUUGUCUCUGUGGCCGCAGCUUCAUACAGACGGCGAUGAUAAACAGCCAGUCACUGAUGCUGCCUGUAACAGAAAGCGAAGCAUGGAAGCGCUGGGCUGAGUUACACUGUGAUAUGUCAUGUUAUAGAAAAAUGCCUAAAGUGGGUUACAGGACAGGAGCAUAAAAUGUAACUGAACCAUAUUAAUUCCUGAUAAACUCACUGUCUUUUGGAAUAAAAUGUAAAUAUGUUUUGGCCUACAGACUGUCACGGUCUGAAAAGGCCUGCUCCAUCAAGUAGUUUUUUCCCUUCCCCUAAAAUUUUCCUGUUACUGUCAUUGGUAACAUGCGUUUCUUGAAUGUCUGUCCACAUAAAUGUGUCCUUUACUUUAUUUCUUAAAAGCCUGCUUGAAGUUUCAAAUUGAAACCACAAAGGUUUUAAAAUUGCUAGUAUUAGUAUUUGAUUUGCAUCUCCACUUUUUUUUUUUUUUUUUCUUGUUCUUUUUUCCUUUUAAUAGUUUUUUUUUUUUUUUUUUUUUUCUUUCACGCUACUGGUAGUGAAGGUUGUGAGUUUGGCCAGUUUCUGUAAAAGUUUGACUUGAAUUGUUUUGGUGGCAAGUUUGUUUUAUAAGUUGUUUCAGUCUUCAUAUCUUUAAAAUUAAAAGUGAAAUGGUAUCUUUAGAAUUGGUGUUGGCAGGUGAAGCAGUAGUUUGAGACAGAAGAUGUUGGAAAUUCAGUGCUAUAACUGCACAACUAAAGUCAAGCCUUUAAAUUUUUGGCCCAACAUGAAGAGAUUAGUUUUGAUUAGACUCAUAAUUAACUGCAAAACAGUUUUUAAUGGAUGCACUGCUUGACCUAAUGUGGAGUUAUGUUUAUGUUCUGCUGGACAUCUUUCUUUAAAAUGUCAAUUAAAAAAAUAAAAAAAGUC